AUGAAAAUAUUUGAAGUCAGUGCGAGUGGUCUGGGACCUGGUGGGAUUUGUUAUCAAGUGAUGGAGGUGGUUGGAACCAAGUUUUAUUGCUUGUUGGGUCAAAGAGCUUCCUCUUCAAAACCUAAUGCAGUCUAUAUAUUCGACAUGGUGAAAAAGGAAUGGCAAGAAAUUGAAAAUCCAAAAGGUGCAGGUCCAACGCCAAGAGCAAUGCCUGCUUCUUGCGUAGUCGGAAAUAAGAUUUACGUUUUUGGAGGCUACUCUCAAGCAACGCCAGUAGCCAAUCAUACAGUUUAUAACGGAAUGUACUCUUUUGAUAUAGAGACUAAUACAUGGACUCAUAUUGAGUGCAAUGGAUUGUGUCCAGAUCCUCGAGCUGGUGCUCAAAUGUGGCAAUACAAGGGCAAGAUUUAUCUUGUAGGAGGAUGUCAAGGUCGACAAUUGUAUUUUACCAGUCUGUAUGAAUAUAAUAUCGAAGAAAAUAUUUGGAAAACUGUCGAAACCAAAGGAUAUGUUUCUCUUAGUUCAGAGUUCAACACAAUUGUAAAUUCAUCAAACCAAAACGAAUCUAAGACUCAAUGUCCAGAGAGAUUUUGUUGUUUCUCUGCGAGUGCUAUUGAAAAUCUAGUGUACAUAUUUGGAGGAUUGUUUGCGCAUGAAGAAAUGGACAAACAUACAGCAUCAAAUGCAAUGUUUGUUCUUGACAUGGAAACGCUUGAAUGGGUCAAGCCUGUUUUUGCAGAUGAUAAUAAUAUUGUUCCAGGAGCGAGAGCGUCACACACCAUGACAACUGUUGGUCCAAAUUUGAUCCUUGUUGGAGGAUGUAAUGUGGUCAAUAAUACUGAUUAUGAUCAGCAUGUAUAUCUUUUCAACAUUCUCGAGAGAAAAUGGUACCGUCUGACUGAUUUCUUUUUCGGUUCUCACAUGCCAAAGCUUGUUGGACUUGCUUCAGCUUAUUGUAAAGAAACAAAAGAAAUUUUCUAUCUUGGAGGAAAAGGGUCAGACGAUGUUCUGAAGAAUCAUUUCUACCUUAUUGACACUAAAUUGGUGAAACAAAUUAAUGAUUACUCGUUUGAGCCCUCAACAUCAGAAAGCAUCAAUCGAGCUCAUAGAAAAUCUAUCAGAGCUCUGGAGGAUAUAAAGACAAAAGACAAGACAGCGUUCAAUAGUUACGGAACAAGAGAUAAACGAAGCAAAUCAUCGGCUGUCGCUUACUCUCCUCUCCCUCAGCAAGACACUGACGAGGAUGACAGUGGUCUUUUGAACGGAGAUAUUAAAACUAACAGAAGAAGGACUGUUGGUUCAAUAACAAAAUUAUUCAGAAAGUAA